UCUAUCUAUCUAUCUAUCUAUCUAUCUAUCUAUCUAUCUAUCUAUCUAUCUAUCUAUCUAUCUAUCUAUUCUUUGAUAACAUCCCCAAAUUUAAUUAAUUUUGAACUUGCUUAAUUUUUAUUUGUGCUCAGAGAAAAUACAAGGACCAAUUGUAAAUUCACCUAAGCCAAUUAUGUUGCUUUGGGUUAAUUCAUUUCAGUAUUUCUGCGUAACCAUCCCGUAUUUGUCAAAGAUUAUUUAUGCAUUUAUCGUUUGAAGACCUCCCAAUUAGACUUAGAGACUGCUCCAAGGUUCGAUUACCGUAGGUUACGUGCGUGCACACAUUAAAGCACACUAGACACACAUGCAGCGUAAAUUGAUUGCAUUGUUUCCGAAGUCGCACAUUUUUGGGAAAGCACCGACACACUGUAGGGUCGAUCCUUUGAUUAGAUCUCCACUGAAGCGGGCUUGAGGGGAACCAAAAGAGAGCACUUUACUCUGGAUGAAAAGAUAAGCGUCUGAAGGCGGGACCGCGAUCUUGUCAAGUUUUCUUUCAAAGACUCAGUAAUUACCCUUUGGACCUCUAAUGGCUGAUAACAGGGCCGCCCUGGUCAUUGAUCGGCGACUCUACUACUAUUAAAGGCGCACUCGAGACGCUCUGCGGGAAAACAAGUGGGAUGAACACGUCUCAAACUAGUCCUCCAACUAUGUCACAUAAAUCAUGGAUUGAGGCAACAUUCUCCAAGAGAGAUUGUGUGAAGUUUAUCCCCUCCUCCCGAGAUCUACACAGAUGCAUUCCAGUAUUGCAAGUUUGCCAAAGCUUGAUAAGGUGUUGUUGUGGUCGUCUAGUGGCGGAACACUCUUGGCAAAAGGCACCUCCCUCCACAGUCAUCUUUCCUGAUCCUGAACAGAAUGUACCAGAGGACUGGUCCUUGGAGCUACACACUCGAGCCAGUCCCACCAAUGCGUAUGGGACCAUCGACUUUCAGGACAGUGCAACACGUGGCUGUCGGGCCAAGUUUGUGCGCAUGUCCGUGGACUCGAAGCCAGAGGCGCUGCUCCAACUGAUGUUGAGGGAAUGGCAGAUGGAUAGACCGAAGGUCCUAUUUUCUGUCCAUGGAGGAUCUGAGAACUUCACCCUGACCCCCAAAGUCAAGCAAGCCUUCACUAAAGGCCUGAUCACUGCGGCCCGCAGCACAGGGGCUUGGAUACUUACUGAUGGUAUUAAUACUGGUGUGUCCAAGUAUGUGGGUGAGGCAGUGAAAACCUUUGGUGGCCACAACCUGAGGAAGAGGAACACAGUUGGGGUCACACCUUGGGGAGUGAUAGACAACAACACAAACCUUAUAGGAAGAGAUGUUUUCAGGCCUUACCAGCCACUGGGGAACCCUUUGAGCAAGAGAGCCGAUCUGAACAGUUUCCACUCCCACUUUCUACUGGUGGAUGAUGGAACUUUAGGAAAAUAUGGUUGUCAAGAAGGAUUCAGGAAGAAGCUGGAGAAACACAUUCAACUGCUGAAGAUCCACCCUCGAUUUAACCAAAGAGUGCCAAUGGUGUGUGUGAUAGUAGAAGGAGGCCCUGCCAUUGUUUCCACAGUGCUGGACUAUGUCAGUAAUAACCCCCCUGUACCAGUCUUCGUGUUUGAGGGAUCUGGAAGGGCUGCGGACCUGUUUGCCUUUUUACAUAAGCACUCUGAUAGUGACAGGCAGUUAGAUGCAGACAUUAAAGAGGGUUUCCUUUUAAGGAUUGGAGAGGUGUUUGGAGUCGACAGAAAGGAAGCGUCUUGCCUUUGCGCUCUCCUCCUGGAAUGUAUGGAUCACAGACAAUCUAUAACCAUCUUUGAUUCAGAGUCAGAGGACCACAUGGCCCCAGAUGCCGCCAUUUUGAACACUAUUCUCAAGGGCACAAAGUCAAGUGCUGAAGAGCAGCUGAGUAUGACUCUAGCCUGGGACAGGGCUGACAUUGCACAGAAAAGCGUUCUGGUGUAUGGACAACAUUGGCCGGUGGGUUCAUUGGAACAGGCCAUGCUGGAUGCUUUGGUGAUGGACCGCGUCAGUUUUGUCAAAUUGCUGAUUGACAAUGGAAUGACUAUGAGUCACUUCCUCACCGUGGAUCGCCUGGAGGAACUUUAUAACAUGCCUCAAGGACAGACUGACCAUUUUCUUCAUCACCUUGUUGAGGAUGUGAAACAGACCUCUCUACCUCCAGGAUACCGGCUGUCUCUCAUUGACAUGGGCUUAGUCAUAGAAUACCUCAUCGGAGGAGCGUACCGCAGCACCUAUACACGCAAACACUUCAGAACUGCCUACAAUAGACUAAACUCUCAACGAAGGGGAAAUCCUCAGGAACCGCAUUUCUUUCGAACUGCUCAGCCUUACAAACGGAGGGCAAGUCCUCAGGAACCGCAUUUCUUUCGAACUGCUCAGCCUUACAAACGGAAGGACCAGAACGUGCCACGUACUACCAGUGUAAUGGCUGUAUGGAGUACCGGACUUUGUGAAGCACCACUGGCUUUUUCUUUCAACUUUAAUGAUGUCUUUGUGUGGGCCGUGCUUCAGCAGCGCCAACAGAUGGCGCUGUUCCUGUGGCAACAUGGCGAAGAGGCUCUUGCUCGGGCCACAGUAGCUUGCAAGCUUUACCGCUCUAUGGCCUUUAAGGCACGGCAAAGCAGCAUGGAUGAUUACAUUGCGGAGCAAUUCAAAGCAUAUUCACUUGAAUUUGGGCAGCUGGCAGUGAAUGUUUUAGACUGCGCAUUUCGUCAGAAUGAGAAGAUGGCAAUGAAGCUGCUCACUUCUGAGAUGGACGCAUGGAGCCACUUUACCAGCCUGCAAAUUGCAGUUUCCUCAUGUCACAGACCUUUUGUUUCGCACUCUUGUACUCAGUCCCUCCUCACUGAUCUCUGGACCGGUCCACUCAACAUGAGAAAAAACUCACAUUUAAAGAUCAUUUUGAGCCUUCUCCUGCCUCCUGCCAUUCUGCUUUUGGAAUUCAAAAGUAAAGCUGAAAUGUGUCAUGUUCCCCAGUCUCAUGAGGCAAUUCUGUUUGGACGUGACACUCUUAAGACAGGAGUAAGGCAUGAUAAAACCGAUCACAUGGCUAACCAGGAUGCAGAGCAUGGGCUGCCAUCCCAGGGCCGAUCUCGUGUUUCAGGGUCUGAAGAUCUUUUUCCAAUCACUUUGUGUACUGUGUCCUGGAUCACAAGACUUUAUGAAUUCUACACAGCUCCUGUUGUUAAAUUCUGGUUCCAUACAAUGUCAUACCUUGCCUUCCUGAUGUUAUUCUCCUACACCAUCUUAGUGAAGAUGGACGAUCAACCAGGUGUUCAGGAGUGGUUGGUCAUCUUAUAUAUAUUGACCACAGCAGUGGAGAAAACCAGAGAAGUGUUAAUGUCAGAACCAAGGAAACUGAGUCACAAACUGAAGAUUUGGUUCUCAGAGUACUGGAAUGUAUCUGACUUCAUUGCCAUCGUCAUCUUCCUGUUUGCUCUGGUGAUGCGUUGGCAUGCCGACCCAUACCGGACCGUCGGACGGAUCGCCUACUGUCUGGACAUUAUAUUUUGGUUCGUCAGGGUGAUGGAUCUUCUGGCUGUCAAUCAGCAUGCCGGUCCCUACCUCACAAUGAUUACCAAAAUGACCUCGAACAUGUUCUUUAUCGUGGUGAUGAUGGCAAUUGUACUGCUCAGUUUUGGGGUAUCGAGGAAGGCCAUCCUGUCACCAGAUGAAGACCCAUCGUGGAGUUUAGCUCGUGACGUGGUGUUCCAGCCAUACUGGAUGAUCUAUGGAGAGGUCUACGCAUCAGAAAUAGAUCCUUGUGAUGAUGGUCAUCCAUGUGCUCCUGCUUCCUUUCUCACGGCAUUCCUUCAAGCCGUCUACAUGUUUUUUCAGUACAUCAUCAUGGUCAACAUUCUCAUUGCAUUUUUUAACAAUAUUUACUUUGAUAUGGCAUCAACAUCCAAUAAAUUGUGGAAGUACAACCGCUACCGAUACAUAAUGACCUAUCUGGACAGACCUUGGCUGCCUCCACCCCUAAUUCUCCUCAGUCACGUGAGUUUUGCUUUGCGAGCCAUUUACAAGCGACUUAAUGGAAAUGCUGAGGGAGAUGAAAGAAGCUCUGGACUUAAGCUCUAUUUAGCCCGUGAUGACCGCAAAAAACUCCACGAAUUUGAGGAGAAAUGUGUACAGGCGUACCUCUAUGAGAAGAAUCAAGAUCUCUACAGCAGUCAGAUGAACAGAAUCGGAGUCACAGCUGACAGAGCAGAAGAAAUGUGCACGAUGGUGGGUGAAGUCUCAGAGAAGGUCAACAUCAUUCAGGACAGUCUUACUAAGCUGGACUCUCAGCUGGGUGAACUCCAGGACUUGUCAGCGCUGGCUGUGGACACACUGACCCUGCUCUCUGCCUCUGACAAUCUGCAUCAAGAGGAGGCUCGCCUGGCUCAGUCCCGACUGAUCCAAACAUCCCAACAUGCCCUCCCACACAGCUGGACUCUGCACCGAAGCGGUGUGGCUAAUAUGAGACGACUGACGUGCAAGCGUUUUAGAAGUACUCCACCUUCGUUGGUCAAAGGCUACAUUCUUCGACAUGCGCCACAGGAGUCCCACCUGGGAAUCAGAGGGAGCAGAGGAGAGCGAGAAGGACAGAUGGAAGAGGGAGAAAAUGAGUUGCCUGAUGCUCACCAUGCGAGUGAGUUGUGUGCGGGUGUCUCUCGGGAUGCAUCGCCCUCAACAGUUCUGCACCUUCAUGGAGUGGGAAGCCAUCUUAGUGGUUUCAGUGAUCAGACACCGUAUGAGUCACGUGGACCAUCUCGCUGUGGGUCUCCUCUUUUUUUCGAUUUUGCUGACAGAGGACUGGAUACACCACAUAAACCCUGGAGCUGUGAUGCGCACCUGUACCCAAAUUGUGAGGAAAUUGAUAUGGAAGAGGAGGAAGAACAAGGCAGCGGUGAUGAAAAAAAAGAACAGAAAGAGCCAAUGCACGAAGAUCUCUCCGAUUUAGAAGAAUCCAAAUCUACAAGCAAUGUUCUUCUUUCUGACCCUGGAAACAUCUCUCAGGAUUUCAAAAAUGGUACCUUGCGCCAGGAUGUAAGCCAACUGAAUUCCCAGAACAGAACUUUUGUCAAAUCUCCAGGGUCGGCCUAUCUGUCGAGAGACCGCCCUUAUGGCUACUGCCGGUCUUUAUCAACCAGUGUGGAGGAUAUGACUUUCUUUGGGGCAUUACCGAUUUCAAGGGGUGCAUCAUUUCCUUACCUUAACGAAACACCGAACAAGCAAGAUGGUAAAAGAAGUUUCAGAGAUGACACAUCAUUAAAAUGGAGCAGAACCAGAGAGUUGUCCAAGUCAUCUGACUUUACCCAAACCAUGACCAGAAGAAGAACCCCAAAAAGGAAGACUGUUAAAAUACAAGAGAGCAGCCCUGACAACGGAACCAUGGACACAUUUUUGUCUGAUGCUUGCUGGAACAGGUGGCGAAGGUUGAAAGGAGAACCUGCAUGUUGGUCAGCUUCAACGAGCCUCAGUCAGCUUAAUUUUGAGCCCUUGGAUUUGCAGAAGCAAGUUUUCUCUCAUCAGGAUGUUUUGAGCCCGACUCAUUCAGCAUGGAACAGCUGGUCCAGAUCAGUGAGCCGCAGAUCUUCGUUGCAGAGUGGUUUCACUGCUGAAGGAAGUUCCUUAUUCCAAUCAACGGAUAUGUUGUAUCCACAUUAUUCAGCCAUGGAAAGAAACAAUCUGAUGAGACUCGCUCAAACGAUCCCAUUUACUCCCGUUUCCAUUCUAGGUGGUGAGGAGGUGAGCCUUUACUCCCUGGAGGAAGUUCACUCAGAGGCUGACCCUGAAUCCAGCACAGUGUCAUCAUGGUCUUCACGAGGCUUGUCUGCAAUGCUUCAACCUCUCCCGAGUGAAGAGGGAUCACUGGAUGGGGGCCUGCGGCGGGGCCGCAGGGUGUUAUGCACCUGGGCCGAACGGGAUGUCCUCAUACCUGGAAUGGUGUAUGUGGUUAAAGCCUUCAGACCAGAGGUUCUGUCUGCCUGGCAGAAAUACUUUCACGGUAGCACAGCAUUGCAGCUUUGUUUGAGGGAGAUUCAACAGCAGAGGGCAGCACAAAGGAUGAUGCAAGUUUUCAACCAGAUCAAACCCGCUAGCAUUAAACAUUCACCAAAAUUUCUGGACGUAUCAUUGGUCCUUUGGCAUUCGAAUGGCCAGUGGCUGACCAUUGAAAGGAACAUGUCUGGUAACUUCCAAAAGUACAACAACAACACAGGAGAGGAGAUCACACCUUCCUCUUCACUGGAAGAGCUGCUCCUGGCCUUCUCACACUGGACCUAUGAGUACUCAUGCACAGAACUGCUGGUGCUUGAUGUACAAGGAGUAGGAGAGGAGCUGACCGACCCAACAGUCAUUAUGGCAGAAAUGCACAGUAGCGGCAGGCGUGAGAUGCUGUUUGGCCCCGACAACCUUGGAGAUUCUGCCAUCAACGCGUUUCUGCAAAAGCACUCAUGCGGUGCUUGCUGCCACGCGUUGGGCCUCUCAGCUUUAAGAAGGCAUCUGGACACAUGCAAGAAAAGCAGUGAGGCACAGCCUGCGCCAGGGGAAACGGAACAAGAGGAUGAGAGGGGAAAAAAACGUCUCGGCUAAAAGCAUCACGCUACCUGUGGCCUGUGAAGUAGGACUAAAAGGACACGCUUACAUUGCAGCUCAUGCACAGACAACUCUGAACUCAUGCUGUCCUCUGAGAAAAUAUUGACUGACUCCUGCAUCAGGCCAUACAUACGCACUCUGUCAUACAGCAGAGAAAACGAGUUGAAUUUGUGACCGAAACACACUCGGAUCCAUUUCAAGUAUCGUAUGCGUCAUGUAUAUGCUCAUACAUUAUUUUUGUUCAUACUGUAAAAAAAAACAAAUUAUAAGCAGGUGGAAGAAUCUAUCUGCGCUGCUUUUGUAACACGCUCGUUCAAUUAUGUCACCAGACAUGAGCAGUUAUGCAAGUGCUUUGUUCAAAUACAUACUCGUUUUGUACAGAAAGGCAAAAAAAUGAGGCCGAGUUUCACCCAUAAAAUUUAUUGAAUUUUUUUUUUCUUCCCACAACAAAAUGUCUACAAAAGCGAUAAAAUAUAGAAUUUAACAAAAAUCACUUGAAACCUUCACAUUAUAUGUACACAUAUCAAAGGAGGACUCGGUAAAGGGCCCUGCAUAGCUCUGAACUUCAGCCCAUUCUAAUCCGUAAUGUGGGUGUCUGCGGCGCAAAUAAAUGCAAAUUUAUACAUGCAUACACACGCGCGCAUAAGAUCAUUGUAAUGUGAAAAAGAAACUGUUUGCACAGAGGAGCUCAUCGUGGAUUGAUAGUCAGAGCUCAGAGUCCUGCAGAGUCCUAUAUGUCCAAAUAAAGAAAGCAUAGCAUGUAAAAACUGUUUGCCAGUGUAAUCAAAUGCACAUUUUCCUUGAGUUUCCCGAUUGGUUUUUCAAGUAAACUCAACACAGUAAAGCAUCUACAGCCCACUUCCAAUCAUUCCUCUUCUCACUAGCUAUGGCACUUUGAAAACAAAAGAAACAAUUUCCUUUUUUUAAUGUAAUUUUGGGGGGAAUGUUUGUUUUGUUAGUCCUGUGUAAAAGAGGUUCUGUAACCCCAAAUAUCUUUUUUAUAGGUACCGGUUACAGAUUGCUACAUUAGAUUUUAUUUGCUCUUGCUUGCACCCAAAGACAUUCUAAAAAAUAAAUUAACAAAUUUCAACACUA